UGCUAAAGAACUAUAGAGGCACAAAUAAUAGCACAAGCAGAGCCCAUAUCUUGCAAGUCUUACGUUAUCCUUUAAGCCUUCUUCAGCUAACACAACAACAUUUUUUUGUACUUAAUGACGCUUAAUUUCAUUUUCUUAUCAUUUUCUUUGGGGGAUUAUUCAUAUAUAAAACUAUCUGCAGCCGUUUGUACCAGCCUCAACUCUCCCUCUUAAGUGCAAUCAUCUAUUAUUGAGCGAAAGGCCGUGCGUGGAAAUGUGUGUAAGAAGGUGGAUUUGAAGUAGAAUUGGUUAGCCUACAAUCGAUCAAGGGUGAAGAAUAUUCCUGAUGGUAACAAAAGAAGCAGCUAUGUCUUUCUCUCAAUUUGGAUAUCCUUACAAUGCAACUUCACAGUUUUUCGUGUCGGCAAACCCCAGUACGACUUGCUGCGAUUCGAUUUCCAGGUCGGUCUCUGACGGGACUAGCGGUACCCAGACUCCAGCUACCUUCUGCUGCCCGUCAUAUGAGAACCGGCUCCUGGCCAGUACACGGACCGAGCUCAACGCGGCACUAGGGAUGUAUAGCUCACCCUACGCCGCCGCGGCCGCCGCCAGUCAGAAUUAUGCCAGCUACUUCCCCUACAGCACCGAGCCCUCCGCUGCUAUCUACUCAUCGCUGAAUCCUCAGUACGAAAUUAAGGAUGGCACAGGCACUCUGCAUUCUGGCAUUACUCAACCUGCCGCUUACUAUCCAUAUGAUCAUUCACUGGGCCAGUACCAAUAUGACAGGUAUGGAACAGUAGACUUCAAUGGGUCAGCUAGGAGGAAGAAUGCUACGCGUGAGACCACCAGUACCUUGAAAACAUGGCUGUAUGAGCACAGGAAGAACCCCUACCCCACCAAGGGAGAGAAGAUCAUGCUGGCUAUCAUUACUAAAAUGACUCUGACCCAAGUGUCCACCUGGUUUGCCAAUGCCAGGAGGAGACUAAAGAAGGAGAACAAGAUGACCUGGUCACCAAAGAAUAAAGCCGGAGAUGACAGGAAGGAUGACCUGGAUAAAAAUGACCAGGACUGCGUCACCAAAGAUUCCAGUGAGUGUAAAGAUGAGAAGGACCUUAACCUGAGUGACCUGGAGGACAUGGAGGAUGAGGACUGUGACAAGCUGGAUAGUGACUGUGAGAAGGGCCACGAGGAGCAGCAGGACCUCCAGAGGACCAUGUCUGGAGGUAGUGUCGGCCCUGGAGGCCCUUCAAAGAGAGACUGCAGCUUGGAGCUCUCCCUCGCUCUGCCCAACAGCUUCCAUCAUUCCUUCCCCUGUGGUAUAAAGAGCCUACCUGCCCUGCCCUCUCUAUCUGCCCUACCUUCGGACUUCAUUGAUCCACUGGUGACGUCCAAGCCCCCCUCCACCACCACGGUUCCUACGGGCCCUCAUACUGUGUCUCUGUCCCACUUUGAUGUGUCAGACCGAGAAAAACCAAGGAUCUGGUCUCUGGCGCGUACAGCAGCCACAGGGGUAAUCCUGGGCUCAGUUGACCACAGGGCCUCAGAACUCCGAACUGGAAGGACAGCCGGGGACUGCCAGCUACAGGGUGCCAGACUACCAGUGACUGGUAACGAACAUUGUGGUCCUCUCAGGGGCCUUCAGGAUCCUACUAACAUAUCCAAUGCUGAGAACCCUUUCCAGGAAGGGCCCUUGUUGCACUCAAAGAUCUACAGUACUGGCAGCUACAACCACAAAGCCCUUCAACUGCAUUGUUCCUCCUUCGCCGCUCUGUCAGAAACCUGUCAGUACUCUACUAUAGAAGGGUUUUCCAGUGGGAAGGCAGAGACAGAGCCCUCAGAACUCAAUGACACAUGUGCAAGCCUGCAGGAUGACAAGAUCACUGCAUUCAGACCAGUGAUGAAGAGGUGAGGAAGGUUGAUGGACACACAUACAUUACGCAGUGGAACUUUUAUUUAGCCGAUAUCAGGCUAUGCACUAUAGGACAUGAGAUGACGACGAUCAUUGGACAUCCUACCUAACACCUAGGAACUAUGCAGCGCUCCGCAGUCAAAGCUAGCUGUGCCCUGUCCGAACUGUUGAAGCUAUCAUGACUUUGCACAAUUAUUGUUUAUAUGGUGUGACGAUGACUUUAUGCAAGACUGUAAAAUGCAACGGUAUGGGAACUGACGGUCAAUUCAUGAUGUAUGCAAUGGGCAAUGUAGUGUUUCAAUGUUAUAUAUUUGUGUAUUUAUUAUUUGAUUCCUUGUCUGUUAAUUUAUUUCGUACGUGUUAUUUAAAUUAUUUGGUAAGGCUACACGUAUGUAGUCUAGAUAUGGUUUCAGAUAUGUUUUCAUGCUAUUUUUUGCCUAAUUUAAGGUAGAAAUGGUUGAAUUGAUGUUGGUCUUUCAGUUUGCUAAAAUAUGUCUCUCUAAGAAUUUGGAGUAGGUGUAUUGCGUAUGUCGACCUGCGAAAUUGUUAACUGUGUUGUGUUGAUCUCAAAAACAUUAUUGUGAGCUUCUUCUGUGUUUGCCAUUAAUGAACGAUUUUAUAGGAAUGCAUUUUUCAAGAACUCGUUUCUGCAUCAUGAUUAUUUCCUGAACAUUAACAUUGGUUCAACCGCCAAUUAAAACCGUUGAGGCUUUUGCACUUGAUCAAAGUUUAUUUUCUUGACUCGACGAAUGAAACUGGAACAUUGUUGGAAGGUCAUAAUUCAGCAGAGUACGUGAAUGAACUUUACAAGACCACGAAGAAAGGGAACAUCAUUUCUCUAUUGUAAUUAUCUAAUCACUACUGGCAUCAAACACUUUGUUACUGUUCAGGCAAGCAACAAGGC